AUGAUCUCCCUCACGGAUACGCAGAAAAUUGGCAUGGGCUUAACAGGAUUUGGAGUGUUUUUCCUGUUCUUUGGGAUGAUUCUCUUUUUUGACAAAGCACUGCUGGCUAUUGGAAAUGUUCUGUUUGUGGCUGGUCUGGCGUUUGUCAUUGGUCUAGAGAGGACGUUCAGAUUCUUCUUCCAGAAGCACAAAGUGAAAGCCACUGGGUUUUUCCUGGGCGGUGUGUUCGUGGUUCUUAUCGGCUGGCCUUUGAUAGGCAUGAUCUUCGAGAUUUAUGGAUUCUUUCUCUUGUUCAGGGGCUUUUUUCCAGUGGUCGUUGGCUUUAUCAGAAGAGUGCCUAUCCUUGGAUCCCUCCUAAAUCUACCUGGAAUCAGAUCAUUCGUAGACAAAGUUGGAGAAAGCAACAAUAUGGUAUAACAACAAGGGAACUGAAGAACUUAAAUACUGUAUUAUUUAUAAAACCCUUUUGAAGAAUAUUCAGCACAAAGUUAAAUUUCACGAACUAGCGUAUAAAGUUCCUUACAGAAGUUUAAAAUGUACACCCUCCAAAGUCCCAACAGCUGUGACAGAAGCAGCGGCAGGCUCGUGAGGCCUGAGAUCCGAAGAUGGAGAGGAUGAAGCCUAUUCCAAUGCUUAGUGACUUGAGAAGGCUGUUUCUUAGUCUUGCUGCAAUAUGUAAGACAGCCGUUCGUAGAGAACCAUGGUGUCUGUUACUUUUUCUUUUUUUUUUUUUAGAAGAUUCAGGAACACCAGUAGGCAUUUGAUUUUUUUUUUUUUUAUUAUUUUUUAUGAUGUCCAUUGUGAUGGCCCAGAUAUAUCUAGGUGUCCUGGGUUUCUAAUAAUGAUGCCUGGAUUGGAUUGGAUUAUGUCGUCUCCAUGUGUCAGCCCAAGGAAGCCCAGUUUCAUGUGUGAAUCACUUUUUUUGUAAACAUGGAUAAAAUAAAACUUUUGUGGUCCUUUUGAAUCUUAA